AUGUACCCACCAGCGAUCCCCAAUAUACCCGAGAUCCCGAAGAUCCCCAAGGAACCCAAGAGUCCGGAGAGCCCCAAUGUAUCCGAGAACCCAAGGAUCCCCAGAGUACCAGAGAGCCCGGAGAUCCCCAAUGUUCCUGAGAAUCUGGAGAACACCAGUGCACCUGAGAAGCUGGAGAUCCCCAGUAUUCCCAAAGUAUAUGAGAGCCCAGAGAUCCCCAAUUUUCCUGAGAGUUCAGAGAUCCCCAAUGUACCCAAGGGUCCAGAGAUCCCCCAUGUACCCGAAGAUCAAGAGAUCCCCAAUGUAGCCAAGAGCCCAUAGAUCCCCAAUGUACCCGAGAGCCCAGAGAUCCCCAAUGUACUCGAGUGCCCAGAGAUCCCCAAUGAACCGGAGAGCCCAAAGAUCCCCAAUGUACCUGAGAGCCCGGAGAUCCCCAAUGUAUCCAAGAAACCAGAGAUCCCCAAUGUACCCGAGAGCCCAGAUGCAGAGAUACCCAAUGUAUCCGAGAAUCCUGAGAUCCCCAAUGUACCCGAGGGUCCAGAUAUCCCCCAUGUACCCGAGGAUCCAGAGAUCCCUAAUGUAGCCGAGAGCCCAGUGAUCCCCAAUGUACCCGAGAGCCCAGAGAUCCCCAAUGAACCGGAGAGCGCGAAGAUCCCCAAUGCACCCAAGAGCCUGGAGAUCCCCAAUAUAUCCAAGAAUCCAAUGAUCCCCAAUAGCCCAGAAAUCCCCAAUGUACCCGAGAGUCCAGUGAUCCCCAAUGUACCCGAGAGUCCAGAGAUCCCCAAAGUGUCUGAGAGCCCAGAGAUCCCCAAGGUACCAGAGAGCCCAGAGAUCCCCAAUGUACCUGAGAGCCCAAAGAUCCCCAAUGUACCCAAGAGACCAGAGAUCCCCAAUGUACACGAGAGUCCAGAGAUCCCCAAUGUACCUGAGAGUCCAGAGAUCCCCAAAGUGUCUGAGAGCCCAGAGAUCCCCAAGGUGCCAGAGAGCCCAGAGAUCCCCAAUGUACCUGAGUGCCCAAAGAUGCCCAAAGUACCCAAGAGACCAGAGAUCCCCAAUAGUCCGGAGAUCGCCAUUGUUUCUGAGAGCCCAGAAAUCGCCAAUUUUCCAAAGAGCCCAGAAAUCCCCAAUGUACCCGAGAGUCCAGUGAUCCCCAAUGUACCCGAGAGUCCAGAGAUCCCCAAAGUGUCUGAGAGCCCAGAGAUCCCCAAGGUACCAGAGAGCCCAGAGAUCCCCAAUGUACCUGAGAGCCCAAAGAUCCCCAAUGUACCCAAGAGACCAGAGAUCCCCAAUGUACACGAGAGUCCAGAGAUCCCCAAUGUACCUGAGAGUCCAGAGAUCCCCAAAGUGUCUGAGAGCCCAGAGAUCCCCAAGGUGCCAGAGAGCCCAGAGAUCCCCAAUGUACCUGAGUGCCCAAAGAUGCCCAAAGUACCCAAGAGACCAGAGAUCCCCAAUGUAUCCGAGAAUCCAGAGAUCCCCAAUAGCCCAGACAUCCCCAAUGUACCCGAGAGUCCUGAGAUCUCCAAUGUACCUGAGAGUCCAGAGAUCCCCAAAGUGUCUGAGAGCCCAGAGAUCCCCAAGGUACCAGAGAGCCCCGAGAUCCCCAAUGUACCUGAGAGCCCAAAGAUCCCCAAUGUACCCAAGAGACCGGAGCCUCAUAUACCCAAUAUACCCAAUAUACACGAAGGCACUGAAAUCCGCAAUGUACCCGUGAGCCCGGAGAUCCCCAAUGUACCUGAGAGGCCCAAGAUCCCCACUGUACCCGAAGCCCAGGGAUCCCCGAUACCAGCGAUCCCCAAUAUACCCGAGAUCCCGAAGAUCCCCAAGGAACCCAAGAGUCCGGAGAGCCCCAAUGUAUCCGAGAACCCAAGGAUCCCCAGAGUACCAGAGAGCCCGGAGAUCCCCAAUGUUCCUGAGAAUCUGGAGAACACCAGUGCACCUGAGAAGCUGGAGAUCCCCAGUGUAUCCUAG